ACUUUCCCAUGCCCUCUUCCUUUCACUGAACCCAUCUACUCUUUUUCUUCUCCGGGUUUCUCUUCUUUCCCCUUAUUCACCCAUUAGACCUCUGUUUUCUCCUCUCCUCUUCUCUCUUCUCUGUAUCUCCUUCUCUCUCUCUCUCUCUCUCUCUCUCUCUCUCUCUCUCUCUCUCUCUCUCUCUCUCUUAUCUUGUGCUCCUUUGGAUGAGCCAUUGAGACCAAAGGGGAGCAAAAAUGGAGGGAGAGGAAAGCAAGGAGGUUCUGGUGGAAGAAAGAGAGGAAGACAUGGUGGGAGUAACGGAGCAGAGAAAUCCCGUCAGAAGAAUGGGUUGGUUCAUCAAUCCCAGCGGGGGCUCUGGCCGCGCUCCCUUUGUGCCUUCGCGGCAUAAAGCCGCCUCCUUUGCCGCUCCCGAGGCCCCAGAGAUCCUCUUCAAAGGAUGGCGGUCCCACCUGAGGAAGUGGGAGGAGUGGGUCCACAAGCUGGAGCCCAUUUAUGGCGAUUCUUGGAAAAAAGCUGGGAUUUCUGAGGCGAUCAAGGCCUCUGUUUACAAAAUCCGGAGGGACGCCGCUCUGGUUUUGGGGAUCGCCGCGUACUGGUGCGAGGAGACCAGCUCCUUUCUCUUCCCCUGGGGGGAGGCCACUAUCACGUUAGAAGAUGUCAUGGUUCUCGGUGGGUUCCCGGUGGUCGGCGAGCCGGUGAGGGGAUCGUUGGACGGCGAGCUUGCAGAGAUGGAGCUGAGGCUGGCGGUCGAGCACAAGAAAUUUUAUAAGUAUUCUUGCAAGAAACCUGAGCAGAGUGCGUGGAUGAGGCACUUUGUCGAGGGCGAGGGCGACGAGUUCGAGCACGUGGCCUUCUUGUCGCUGUGGCUGUCGAGGUUUGUCUUCCCUGCUCAUCCAGAGAAAACUGUGUCUCUGCAGAUGAUACCAAUUGCCGUUCGGUUGGCACGAGGGGCGAGGAUAGCCCUUGCUCCGGCGCUCCUCGCGAGCCUCUACCGGGACCUGCAGGCAGUGAAGAAUUGUCUCAUCAGCAAGUGCAGGGAAGAGGUACCAUCUUUAUUUGUCUGGGCACCUUUUGAUCUAUUGCAAAUGUGGGUAUGGGAGCGGUUCGUUGCUCUGAGGCCCGAAAUGAAAAAUUCUGUGGAUUAUGGCGAGCCAAGGACCAAAAGAUGGCAUGAUAUAAGUAAGAAAAUGGAAUUCUCAUUCAUUCGCUGGGUUUUUGAGUCGCCUAGCGAGUUUCAGUGGCGACCGUACGUUAGUAAUCUGGAUAAUUGGAGGAAACCCUCCUUUUAUAGAGAGAAUGGUGAAUGGAUUCAUGGCUGUGCAGAUAAAGAUGAGGACUUGAGAUCAUUCGCUCAGUGCUUGAGAGCUUCUGCGCUAGUAGGAGUAGAUUGUGUCAAACAGUAUCUUCCACAUCGGGUGGCGAUGCAGUUUGGAUUGGAUCAGGACUUGCCUGCUUAUGUCCCCCGUUCUUAUUCGACAUGGGAGGCUGCAUGGAAAACAUAUGAAAUUGAUGCAGACAAUGUCGUGUUCUAUGUUCCUCCUCAGCUCUUCGAGUCGGAUGUCACGCUCCAGUAUUCAGUUUGGUGGAAGAAGUACAUGCUGUCUUGUUGUAUUGAUGUGGUUAAAAGUGUUGUAGGUCCACAUAUUUCCUUGGUGAUUGGCGAAAAAGCUCCGCGGAAUGCAGCAGCAGUGAAGAAGAAUAAGAAGGAGAAGAAAGAUGUCUCUCUGACUAUUCAUAAGAAGCGAAAGUUGCAAGAUUUCUAUGAUACCCCGCUCUCAGAUUGGCCUGAUUUUGAAAAUCGUCGCUGUGAUGGUGAGGAAAAACAUGUAAAAUCUGACAAGACUUCAUCAGCUGCUAAUAAAAUUCAAAACCAGAAGCUAUCUGGAGAGGGCAAAGAAGAGAACAAAGAAAAUUUGGAGGCUCUGGGGCAUAAUGAAGAACAGAGAGCACAGACUGAAGAAGAUUUGGCAUCUGAACCACUGGACAAGGAGGGUGAGGCAACUGUGGACAAGACGGCUGUGGGAGAUGUUGAGAGAACAGAAAUAAGUAUGAAGCUAUCUAAAGAACAUGCAGAGCAAAGCAACCAGAUUGCAGCGGAAACCAGAGAAAACAAAAUAGAGAACAAAACAGAACUGGGAGAAGCUUGUCCACCUGAUCCAUUGGAAAUGAUGUAUAGGGAACUGCUGGAAGAUGUUCAGAUAAAGGAACCUGAAGCUUCUGUUCCAUUUCUACUACAAGCAAGAUUCAAAUUGGAACAAGAGCGAAAAGCUAAAGAAUUAGAAGAAGAAAUGAAGAUCAAAAAGCUUAAGGAAGAGAUUGCUACUAUGCAAGCAAAACUUAUGGAUCUAGAAUCCCAGUCUGAGAGUUCAGGUAGUCAUGGGGGACGAAGUUAGACCAGUUGAUGUGAAAGACUGCUGCAUCAAUGUGUAAGAGAUUAAUAAUUUUGAAACCUUCGUAUGACCAUUGCAUGUAAGGAAUGACACCAUUCUUUGGCUAUGGUUUACUAUCUUGACUUUUGAGAAGAUGAACGGACAAGAGGAUAAUUUUAUUUGCAUAGAAAUCUAUUAAAAAGUUAAUUUAGAUUAACGGGUUGAGACAAACUUGGGGCAGGUAAUAAAAGGAUCCCAAACUUUGAUGUACCAUACCUUGAUCAAGUGACUUUGGAGGAAAUCAUGGGACAUGGUGAUGGUGGAUGUAUGCUGGGCGAUCUGUAUAGAAAGGAAUGCCAGAAUUUUCAGCAGGAAGAAGCAACUGCAAUGCAAAUUAACAGAAGUGUCAGGGGCUGACGGAGGACUGGUUUAGAGUGUGCCCCAGCAAAAUUCAGGGGGUUGAAAAUCUGUUCAGGAAACUUUAAGUAUUUAAACAUGGUUGGAAGUUUGGGCUGGGUUUUGUUUUUCUUUUUC